AAAGAGGGAAAAAAAAAAACAACCCUACUGAAAAUAACUGAGCUUGGCACUCUUUAACUGCUAAUGUAACUGCCCAGGGUUGCUAUGAAGUUAGGAAAACAUUACAUUAGAGACAGUAGUGUCAUAAUUAGAUUAGUGAGUUAGCGAAGUUCUAGAUGAGAAUUCUGUCAUUGCUGCAGUUAUGGCUUCAGGAAAAGACACUUGUCCAUCUUUACCUAAACUCACCAAUAGCUGCUCUGAUGAGAGUUCAUCCAAGGCUCCUUAUAAGUAUACUGAUGUUCAUUUGCCACGGUUUUCAUUAAAGCAAGGGAUGAUUCCAAGAUACUAUGUUAUGCCUUGGAAGGAAAGCAUGAAAUUCAGGGAUGUGAAUAUGAAGCAUGCAGAAGCGUGUGGGAUCUACAGUGGCCCUUUAGAAGACUCUCUGUUUCUGAAUCACAGUGAAAGGCUUUGCCAUGGGGAAGAUCGUAAGGUGGUCUUGAGGAGAGGCCCAGCAGAAAUAAAAGUUGCAGAUAUGCCUUUGCAUUCUCCUCUCUCCAGAUACCAAAGCACUGUGAUUUCCCAUGGCUUUAGAAGACGACUGAUCUGAUGAAACAGAAAUAAAGUAAUAAAGUGUUUCAAUGUGUGUGUGUAUCUCUCUCCCUCUUUUUUCUCCUCUCCCAUCCACCACCUCUCUUUCUGGUAAGUAUUUAAGUUCGUCGUACAUUUGUAUUUCAUCUACAGGUUGAAUUUGUUAACAGUGUGUCUUAGUCUAGGUUCCCUAGAGGAGCAAAACCAGUGAAGCAUAUAUAAAUAUAUAUAGAGAGAAAUUUACUUCAAGGGAAUGGCUCACACAAUUAUGGGUUUGGCAAGUCCCAAAUCCGCAGGUCA